CUAUUUUUUUUUCGUUACAAUACCGGCUCGUUCGGUUACAGUUAGUAGCAGUUACAAAACACUCCACUCUCUCUUUCUCGCACUAUUAGGAAAUGUUGCAUUUUUUUUCUUCUUCCCUUAUUGACAUACUGAAUGAGAUUCGCCUUUUAGGCUUGAUUCAAUUAAAUCAUUCUUAAAAUGUGGUGCCGUGUUCUCGGAGCUUUUUGAAAUAUCAAGGCCGCACGGAUAAUAAAUUAUUGGAACUAUCGGCAGGGAUACAGAACUGGAUUUGAAGGCAGUGUGUUACACGCACCUGGGAAUAAAUGUGUUGACCUAGAAUAUUGAACUGCAGGCAAUUUGUGUGACGCAGUAGGGCAAAUAUAUAGAGUGACUGAUGUAACGUCAGUAAGAAGCGUACAUCAAGACUUGGCCAGUUGGGUGCUGUUAGUUGAACAUUACAUUAUGGCGAUAGGAACUUCAGCAGGACCCCUUUCAUAUUUGUUUUCAGAGGGAAUUAAUUAUUCAAGAUCAAUAAGCAAAAUGGAGAGGAUGUAGGAUCAUGGAGAUUGACGCCAUAUAUGCAUUCAAUGAAAUACUUUUCUAAGCACAUGCCAAGCUAAGUAUUUGAUCUAAGACCUCUGAUUCGUUUCUUCUGCUCUUUUUUUUAAACAAUGGACGAUCACUGGGAUCAACAGGCGCCUUGAGAUUCAGGAAUUUUGAAAAUGUCUGAGACAAAACUGAAAAGAAUAGACAUCUCCGGUCCUGUUUUGCAAAGUGCAACUGACGUUCGAGUCAGUCCAUCCUUUCGAGACGGGACCCAGCAUUCAUCCACCGAGGAUCUCCUUCUGCAGCAGAAGCAGCCUAACGGUUCUGACGAUCAGGCUGUGCAGCGCUUUCAGACCAAAUACGCAUCGCCUGACCACUUCCAGUUCUCUUCCAGCACCAUCCCAUUGAGCAUUGCCAACAUCGAGGCCGAUGCCGUGCGAUCCAACGGUAGCUCUGCGUUUUCGGACACAUCGUCUGAGCUGUCCGACGUCCCGUCCACGGCCCCAAGCUCUGGCCCUAUUGGGUUCGUCCUUCCACUGGUGGCAGGCAUUACCGAGGACGACAUCAACCAGGUAGAGCUUUUUUACCGCAGCCACAAAACUGAAGUGAAAGUAUGUCGCUCUCUGGCUAACCUUUAUGUUUCGGUGCCUAAACUAACAGACAGGGCAACGAUCGUCCAGAAGACACUAGAAAACUCUAAAGACAAAAAAUCUAAAAAUACUACGAACACUCAGACGCCUAGUCCUCCAGAGCCGUCAGAUAUCGGCAAAGACGAGUGGGAGUUUUCCAAAACGGGAAUACCCGUUCUAGUGCUAGACACGGGCGAACAUGUGCGCCAGAGACGCCUUAGCAUGAUAUUAGCUGAAAAGGGAACCGGGUUCACGUUGUGGCAGGACCAAAUCAACCACCUGACCCGAUACAGCACGCCUCACUCCAAUUUCCACACCGUCUCUCUGUCCACAGAUUCGACCAGGCUGAUAGGGUUCAGCUUCGACGAAGGCAAAGCCGCCACGGAGUUCGCCGAGGCCGUUCGGACUUUCACGGCCAAUCCCGACGACGACCUUUUAAAUCUUAGCAACAAGAAGAGGAAGUCGAAGAAAGAGAAGAAAAGCAAACAAAAAUACAAGCCGCCCAAGAAAGUGGACAUCUCACAGCCUUGUUGCUUUGUUCACGUCACCAAGCUAGAGAGACCCAAUCUACUGGGCGGAUUUUUCCCACCUCCCCCCAGUGGGGCAGAACUUGCUGAGCUUGGAAUAACCCGAGCCAUGAGUGAAAGUUCUGGAAUUUCCGAAGGUUCUACAACGCCAUCUGUGGACUAAGUUCAUUCGUUUUUAAAUUUAUGAUAAUCACUUCGCCUUUUUCAGAUAAUCAUGUUUAGUUGUAUUUAUUCUAUUUCUACAUAUUUUGUGAUAAUUUCUACAGCAUUACAAGGAUACUAAAGUCAGAAUGUAAAUACAUCCGUCAACUAGGUCUUUGUGUAGUCACUUUUAAUGAGUUGGUUUUUAGUCAUAUUAUAGAGCUAGGCUCGCAUCGCAAUACUACACAGGUGCUGCCCCGUGGUCUAACAGGCACAAACUAUCCCCCCGCCCCCUUAUAAAAUGUCAUUCAAAUAGUGGACACAUAAAUAAGGAGCAUAGCACUAUACACGUACGUAAGUUCAUUGCACAUAUUUUAAUUAUCAACAAGUGAAGGUAAAACUAUGAAAUGAUCGCUUCAGAAUGUUUGACACUUAUAGUUAGAUACUGCCAACUAGUUAGGCGUUGUACAUUUAAUCCUUAUGAUGAGUUUAAGAUGUCUAUUGUUUUCACCAGUUCUCAAUACUAUAGAAAAAUGCAUUAGUUACGGUGUGAACUGUGCUCUAACAUGUAGGAAGAGUAAAUAGACACUAAUAUUACUUUAAAAUGUUUGUGAGGCGCAUAAAUACCUAUUAUAUUAGGGAGAAUUGGGCUUACAGAGCCACAAAAUAAGGAAUAAUUAAAUCCAAAAGGCCAAGGAACGGCCGGCCAAAGGAGAGAGAAAUCACAAAAUGAGGCCUUGAAUCACACCGUUCUCUAAAAUGUAUUUAACUUUUGUAAAAUAUAUAAAGGAUCUAAAUCCCAACCUGUCUCUAUAGCUAUAUUUGGGUGACAGCAUAUAAAGAAAAAAAAUGUUAUAUCGUGGUCAUAAUGUUACUUUCCUAGGUGCUGACAACACUUUCAAUGCAUGUAUUCUGAAUGUUACACAAUUGUUUUGAAAUGCUGUGUAGCAUAAUUUGGUUGUACUUCACUUCUUUCUCAAACUUUGACAGGGUUCGCCAAUAAAUCUUGACCCAUUAAGGACAGGGUUCGCCAAUAAAUCUUGACCCAUUCAGGACAGGGUUCGCCAAUAAAUCUUGACCCAUUCACAGUAGAAAGUAGACGUGUUCACGAUUUUUUUUUUAAAAUCCACUAUUACGUACGAACAUUUAGAAUUCAGACUAUAGACAGAGAGUUAAAGGUAUAAGAGAAUAGUGUCAAUGUUUCUGUUGUGUUGUCUGUAUAUGAGAAAAGAGUCCUUGUAAUCACAACACAUUUCCGUAAGGAUCAAUAAAGCAGUCUUAGUCUUAGUCUUUGUCUUAAUUAUUUUGUUCCUUUUUCUAGCGUGCACUGGUUCUACAUUCUGUUUCCCUGUAUUCAUAUCUGUAAAUCCGCUACUAGAAAAGAUUUUUUAAAGUUCCUUUCCUGGUGUAAAGCAUGGGCGUGUAUUGAAAAAGACAUGGACUUUAACACUUGUGGAAAAAAAACUGUUAUUUAUCGGAAAACUUCAAGGAAACUUUUUUUGACUUUGUUAUAAACCGGAUAAUAGUUAUAAAGCAAACUGUUGAGAAUAUCAUUACAAUACAUCCCAUAGUUACCGAAAUAAAAGGAAAAAAAUAAAACUUUUUUUUCGGUUUAUAGACAGCUUGUUGUAUUUAAACUUCAAACCUUUAUUUUUUUUUGUCAAAACUUUAUUGACAUUUUGUUUUCUCGAAGUUGAAAUAGCAACGAUGAUGUAAAAUUGUAGCCUGUCAAUUUCUAAGGUCAGUAACUUGGUGUUCCAAGAAAAAAAAAAGAAAAACUCUCUUGUCGGGAGGUGGAAGAAAGUUCUAAUCAUAUUUUUUUCUUUCUGCCAAUGUUGACAUGCCUAACACAACAUUGACUGACGACCCUGUUAGAAAAAAGUUUGUUUACAAUGGCAUCUCUGAUAUCUAUCGAGUUUAAAAGCCUUUUAUCUAGGGAGAAUCUCCUGAACUCACAACAAAGAUUUCGCUAUUUGUACUAUAUAUACACACACAAUUCAUUUCGUUUCCUUCAUAAGGUUUUCAGACAAUCCUAGCGCACUUCCAACAAACAUUACGCGAUGUGUGUAUUUAUAUCUGUCUAUCUAUCUAUCUACAUCUGUAGAAUGUAAUACAAUGGACAAGACAUUUCACCUGUGCCUCUUACAUUUCUCAAACAUAUAUUGUACAUAGAACACCGUGCUCAUUGUUUCAUUGACUAUGACGCCAGUCGUCUGAGAGACCAAACACAACAAAAUGUAUGAAGUGUUGCUUUAAUGCGAUUGUUUUUUAUUUUACUCUCGUAGGUCAUUAUUUUUGUUAGAUUACAUUAAGAUCUGUGUACAGCUUGCUGAAACGAACAGACCUAUGUAUUUGAAAAGACAUGUGCUUAUAUGUGUUACGUCUGUCUGAAACAAACUGGAUUGGUUAAUAGUGGGGGGGGGGGUUCAUGUGUGUGGGGGGUGGGGUGUUUGUUCUUAGUGUACAUAUGGAGAUUUGUACAUAAAAACAUAACAUAUUUAUGUCUUCUAGCCCUGGUACAAAUCAGUUGUAUGUAGAUGUUGUACAAUGUAGCCCACACACCUUCACGAAAAUAGAAAGACCCAGAAUACCAUGCAUAUUAAACUGGUAGGCCUAAUGGUUGAAAAUUAUGAGGCUACAUUCAUGACUGGUAAUUAUUUUGAUUCUCUUGAGACUUAUUUUGAGGAUGUAAAUUACAGAAGUGAUUUGGUUCCUUAUCUUGCCAGUGCACUCAGAAGAAUCUUAAAAAAUCCUGUUCAAUGCAUUUCUGGGUUUAAUAUUGACAGUCCUAUGGCAAGUCAUUCAAGUAUAAGUAAGUCAUGUGAUUGUUAAGAAAUUUCAUGACAAAGUAAUGUUCUGUUUGCAUUGUAAAUUCAGAAAUGUAUCAAGACAUUUGGUUGUUCAAAGUGUGACGUGAAUGUUACUUGAAUGUAAAACGAAGUCUCUGUUUUAGUCUGCCAUAGUUAGAUUUACAGCUGCAGUAGUUGCAGGUUGAGGUAGUAGAACAUUUUUGUUGAUGAAUCUUUACAUUGAGAAUAUAAUGAGGAAAUGAAAUCUUUUUUUAAAAUGUUGUACAAGAUUUCGCUCUCACAUUGUAAAUCAUUAGAAGCCAGUGAUUCUUAAAAUGUGCAACACCUCGACAAAGGGGUGCAAAUGCGGUCUUUUUAGCUUCAAAUACAACAAAUCAUUUUUUGAAAAUCUAAAUUGUAGUUAGAAAUCUAUAUUUUAGAAUGAAUAAAGCUGGCUAAUGGGAUAGGGGUCACCGUGAUAGUAUUUUUUUUUUGGUUUUUGGUCUGGAGGGCGUCACUAGUAAAAGUUUGAGAAACACUGCUGUGAAAAUUCAAGGUAUGAUGUGGUAUGAUGUUAUCUGCCAUUCUUUGUUUUCUAGUCGGAUUAGUCAACAUGUUAGAACAAACGUACUGGAGACUCCUGGGAUAUGGGGUGGAGGCAGUAGGUGUGAAUUACCCCCCCCCCCAUUCACCUGUCAAGUUGUAUGCGGACGUUUUAGUUAUUUAUUUUUGUUUAUUUGUGGUAAAAUGACACCAUUGACGUAAAUAACAAGUGACUAUUUGAAAUGUGUUGUACUUAAAUCUUAACUCUAAAUCGUGGAGUUGAAAGCAGGUCUAAAGAGAAUGAAAGAAUGACAUGUUUUGAUAUUUCCAAUCAAGCCUCCUCUCUUUACCAUGAAUGGAUUGGGGAUAAGAUGCUGGCAGAUGCAUUUGUUCUACCCCACUUUUCAUAAACCUAUCCAGGAGAGGGUGGCACACUUUUGUGGGAAAAUAGUAAAAAUAUUUAAUGAAUAAUGCAUUACUAUACCAUCGACCUCACAUACGUUUUUAUAGAAAAAUUAAACAUAUAUAAAAUUUAAUUUAUUUAAUAUCAGCCUCUUUUUCAGUUGUUCACUUGUUUGGACUAGUUUGGUUCCACUUUUGUUAGAACAUAUGUUUGUAUGUCCUGUGUUUGCGUGUGAGUGUUUGGAGUUGACCAAUAUGUGGUCGUGUCAUGAAUUGAACAUGUCAAUGCAAUCUUUUUAUUUUAAUUCUUUUGCAUUUCCUUUAUUAAGGUGCUAAUUGAAUUGUCAACACUAUAUAGGUGCUAUAAAACAGUUUGUCAUUAAACAAAUUGCCAAUAA